UAAUAAUGAUAAGAUAAAGGGUAACACACUGUCAGUUAAAGGAAAGAAAGUACAAUUAUGGUAUAUGCCAGGUUGUACUAUGAGGAGGUUGUCCACAAAAAGGUUGAGGCGUGGGUGGUCAGGAAAGGUCCAAUGGAGAACUGGUGUCCAGAUGGAUCGAUAAACAGUGUACAGUCCAAUGCAAGGAAGGAUCCAGUGUGGUUAGGCAGACUCUCUACACUUUUGAUAUGUUCAAUAAAGGGUCCCCAGAUUUUAGAAAAACUUGAUAAGGGAGUUAGACAGAGUGCACCGUGUUUCUUCAAGAUAUAGACAAGAAAACAUGUCAUUUUAGGUAUUUUGUAAAGCAAGGAGGGAACACUAACUUCCAUUCAUGCAGAAUAACCUUUUUUGCUAUGAUUAUACAAAACAUAACAACCCAGUAUCACACAGAGACAGUCAGGGAAGGAACAUUUUAAUGCCAUUUUUAUAACAUAAUAUGACUUUUAAUGACCUUUUUAAAUGAAAUGUUUUGUGACAUAGUAACAGUCGACAGUGAUGAAGCCUACAUAACACUGAUAUGACUUUCUAGUUUUCCAAUUUUUAACACAAUUUAAAGUAAUGAAAUAGAGACGGUGUUUGAAAUUGAUUGUACCUUACACCACUUGCACAAAUGGCACACUGAACUGCAGUACACGGUAGAACGAGUAGUAAUAAUAAGAAUGGCAACUUGUUAUAUGAAUCUAUUAUUAUGAUUAAAUUUACUAGUGAUUAUUUUGCUUGCUGGUGUAUGGUUGCUUUUCCAUCCAUCCAUAUUCAUUCACUUAUCCGGGGCCGGGUCGUGGGGGCAGCAAGCCAAGCAAAGCACCCCAGAUGUCCCUCUCCCAAGUGACGCUUUGCAGCAGGGGGUACAAAAAAAGAAAAAAGAUGGGAUGAAUAAUAUUACUAGUAAUGAUAUACAUAGUGAUAAUAUAAUAAUAAACAGAUAAAUAAAUAAGUAUGAAACAAAUGAUUGAAACAUAUGGUGCAGAAGAACAGCACACUAACUGCAUACACACAUUUCUGAUUAUUAAUAUGUUUAACAGACAAUGUAAUUUCCAAAUUCAAUGAUGAACAAUGGGAGAGAUUUAGAAAAUUUGGACUUAUGGAUAUUAGAUGCACCUAAUAGGAUUAAUAUGAUAAUAGUUAGUUCAAUUUGCUGCUUCUUGUUUUCAUAAUAUAAAAUAAUAUCCUUGGCUUCCAACUUAAUUGUUUGUUUGAAAAACAGUCCUUCAGUUUUCUCCAGAACACUGCUAUAUGUAAACAUUCAUAAAAUAUAUUAGCGUCCAGUUCUUCGUCUUUACAAAAAUCACAUCAUAUUCAAAUUGAUGUAAGAGUUAGUGGAAUAUAUAAUGCACAGUUUUGUAGUGUAUUUCUCUUAAUUUGUUAGGAAUACCAUAUUUGUAUGGAAGAAGCCCUGAAACUGCGUUCUACACACACUUUCCAUAUGAAGUAGCCUAGAUUUAGUUCUGCUGUAGAAAUAAUCAGAGGUGUGGACUUGAGUCAAAUGACAUGGAUUUGAGCCAGAUUUCAGUCACAAAUUUCAUAACUUAAGACUUGAUUGGACAAAAUAAAAAGAAACUUGCAACUUGACUUGGAUUUUAACACCAAUGACUCGUGACUUCACUUGGAUUUGAGCCUUUUGACUUCAACAUAAUUAAAACUCUUCCCCAAGCCCAAAGAUUAAAAUGUUAUUUAAUAAGUGUUUCACAAAUCAAUUAAUUCAUUUCUCAGUCAACAAAUGUUAAUGCUAUUAAUUUCCAGCAAGUCAGCACUUGAUUCUCCACAUCAGCUUCUUUUGAACCAGUCCGACAGCAUUCUCCCAAGAUGCAGGACAGACCCAUGAAGUACUAAUGUUACAGUUGGAGAAAAAUGAUACCAAAAAUAAUUUUAUUACAUUUUUUGUGGAGUACAUUAUGACAUGUUUUGGACAUUAAACUCAAAGUUUCGGACUUGGAACUUGACUUGGGACUUGCCUGUCUUGACUUGGGACUUGCCUGGAGACUUUCCCGUCUAAACUUGGAACUUGAGACUUGCCUGUCUUGACUUGGGUCAUGACUCAAGACUUAACUGUCUUGACGUGGGACUUGACUCAGGACUUGCCCUUCUUGACUUGACUGUCUUCCUUGGGACUUGACUCAGGACUUGCCUGUCUUAACCUGGGACUCGAGACAUGUCUGUCUUAUUUGAGACAUGUGUGCAAAGACGUGAGACUUACUUGUGACUUGCAAAACAAUGACUUGGUCCCAACAUGUAAUUCCUUACAUGUUUAUUGGUAUAUUAAUGACUUAUAAUAUCUACUUCACUUACAAAGAAGGUAAAUUCUGAUUUUUGCACCUUUGCGUCAUCAAAAUCCCAAUUUUGUUAUUCUUUAUAUGUAAUAGGAAAGGCUUUAUAUGUAAAAAAAAAAAAAAAAAAAAAAAUCCUCAUAACUAAGAAUGUUGGCAUUAUCAUUUAUCAACAGCUUGUCGUUGGUUUUGAACGCACCUCAGUUGGUCUACUACCACUUCACCCCUACGUCAUUUCCGUUAUACAACCUUCUCCGAGAGUUUUGUCCAAGAUGGCGUCAACGCAGUUAACGGAUGAGGAGCUUUUCUCCGAAUUAAAGCGCUUUGGUUUCACUCCAGGCCCGGUUACCGAAAACACUCGCCCGGUGUAUUUGAAGAAAUUGAAGAAGCUUCGCGAAGAGCAGCAGCAGCGGGGCUCCAGACCGGGCAAAACCCGUAGCAGCGGGGCCAUCAACAGCACCACUGGCGGAGGCAACACGGCGGGAUCCAGGCCAGCCAGCCAUGACGUCACGCACCUGAGCUCUAGCAGGAGACCGGGCAGGAAGUCCACCGUCCUCGGCUUCAGCUCCGACGAGUCUGACGCUGAAACUCCACUGAAAAGAAAAGGCCUCAACCACAGCAGCAGGGCAGACCGAAGCUCCGGUUUUCCACAGCAACCGAAGAUAAGGCCCGUUACGACGCCGAGUGUGGUUACCAAGAGUCAGUAUGGCGCUACGAGUACGCUAAAUAGCAACAAUUCUUCCUCGGGUCCGGGCGGACAGAGAAGUGUCUCGCUGGGCUGGGGAGUUCGUGCCAGAUCCAGCCCUGAGGCGGAAGGGAGGGAUUACGACGAAUCGGGGGACGAGGACGAUUAUGAGGGGGAACUGGAAAAGAACUCUCGCUCUUUAAACGGUUGUGGGGCGUCUCACUUAAACACUAGCAAGCUAGCUGGGGAUUACUCAGAUUCGGACGAGGAGGAGGUUGGGGGCCUUCGUGUCGGAGACAAGCAGCGGGAUAGGUUGGAGCCAAGACGGAGCCACCCGAAAGCGGAGUUUCCUUCCCACGGAGUGGGCCGAGGGUCCCAGACAGGAGGGGCAGCCAGACAGGUUAACCCGUCUGAGAGUCUAAAUAUGGUGGGGAGCCGGAGGGAGGAGGGGGAGGAAGACAAUUCAAAGAGAAGGGACUCGGACCCGCCGGGAGGCUUGCGGAGCCACAACUUUCCCAGGAAGUCUAUCUACGUGUCCCUCACCGACAACCACGGAGGAGAGGCCGGCAAAAACAACCACGUCGACGGCGAGGACGGAGCAUCCAGAAGCAGCACUAGUAGGUUCGCCAUCGGGUUGAGACCGCGCUUCUCCAACUACAGCAGCCUGUCCCAGAACUACAGGGGCAACCACUCUAACCACACCGCCCCCAACCACUCAUACAGCCAGGCGGUGCUGAAGCAGAAGCUGUCUGUCCCUGAGGAUGAGCUGCUCCAGCAGUUUAAAAGGGAGGAGGUGGCCUCCUCUGGUAGCUUCAGCGCUCACUACCUGUCCAUGUUCCUGCUCACUGCAGCCUGCCUCUUCUUUCUGCUGCUGGGCCUCAUGUACCUCAGGAUGAGGGGCUCUGGAUCCUCGGAGGUGGAUGGAGUCAUUAAGAGCCACCCGUUUGGCAGCGACUUUGACUCUACUUAUAACAAGACGGAGAAGGACCUGAUCCUGAAGCUGCUGCUCAAGCUACAUGACCACCUGGCCCAUGUCGCUGGCCAGCAUGACUGUGGAGACCAGCAGCAUCCAAACAGGAGUCUGUCCAUGGAUGAGGCCUCUGCAUAUUUACGGGCUCAGAAUCAGGAGUUUGAAAACUUCAUUCUUACGUCUCUGGAGUGGAUCAUCCGGACAGGCCAGGAUGUUGGAAUAAGGCUGACUGGGCAGGUAGCUGAAGAUCCGUUGAUCGAUGUGUCUGAGAUCUCUCGGCUGGAGUCCACACAUCCGAAGAUGCCCUUCACAUGCCGCUUCCGACGAGCCUUCCUCACCGUCAUCAGCAGAGUCUUCGUCAUUGCAGUUGUGGUCGGACUUGUGUGGAGCGUGGUCUGCUACAUGAAGUAUCGCUGGAGGAGAGAGGAGGAGGAGACCAGGCAGAUGUAUGACAUGGUGGAGAGGAUCAUCGAUGUGUUGAGGAGCCACAGUGAAGCUUGUCAAGAGAACCAGGACCUGCAGCCUUACCUGCCCAUCCCCCAUGUCAGAGACUCUCUGGUCCAGCCUCAGGACAGGAAGAAAAUGAAGAAGAUUUGGGAACGGGCUGUGAUCUUCCUCUCAGCCAAUGAGUCCAGGAUUCGAAAAGAGACUCAGAGGAUUGGUGGAGCAGACUUCCUGGUCUGGAGGUGGAUCCAGCCCUCUCUCAGUUGUGACAAGACCUCGUUGAUGCCCUCUAAAGUCUGGCAGGGAAAAGCUUUCCCUCUGGACCGGAGGAAUUCUCCUCCCAAUAGCCUGACUCCAUGUCUGAAGAUCAGAAACAUGUUUGACCCAGUCAUGGAAGUUGGGGAGAACUGGGAUUUAGCCAUCCACGAGGCCAUCCUGGAGAAGUGCAGUGACAACGAUGGUAUCGUCCACAUCGCUGUCGACAAGAACUCACGAGAGGGCUGUGUCUACGUUAAGUGUCUCUCUGCAGAGCACUCAGGGAGAGCCUUCAAGGCACUUCAUGGCUCCUGGUUUGAUGGUAAGCUGGUGACCGUGAAGUAUCUGCGUUUGGACCGGUACCACCAGCGCUUCCCACAGGCCCAGGGCUGCACCACGCCUCUAAAGGCCUCCAGCCUCCACGCCAACACCACGAGCACCAUGAACACCUCGCCCCGCCUGCAGCACCGCGGCUCCGCCAACUCCUCAGGCUUCUCAUGAGAUCAGCAUAAGCGUUAGAUUUAGCAUUGUCCUCUGGGCCCUCCCAGCAUGACAGCACGAGUCUGCUGCUGCUCCUUCACUGCUUUAUAACGGAGAAGACUUCAGUCUGCUUCUCGGGAGAGCUUUUAUUUUUUGUUUGUUUUGUUUGUUUUGUUUUUCCAACACAGGAUCGCAAGAGAAGUUGUUCAAGCGGUGCAGUGUUUGUUUUCAAUAAUCUUUGUAUUAAAAUGUCAUGGAUUUAACAAGGAAGCAAAGUUCUUGUGGAAUAUUUAAGAUGUGUGCAGAGACUCCAACCCUCCCUCCCUCUCUUCCACAGUCUAACUGAUGCCACAGUGGAAUUCAUGUGGGCACUGUGUGGAAACGGCUGCAUGUUAUCAGAGUAUGCCUCUAUGUAAGCUAUCAGUACAACACAGUGUGGGUGUUGAUUUCCCCGAAGGUGUUCGAUGUACUCCCCGUUUAUUAUUCAGAUUAUUAUUAUUUAGUCAAGUGAGGAAGGGCAUGAACAGACUUGUAGAGAGUGUGCUGUAAAUACAUGUGAACGGUGGCACAAGCUUUAUUACAUCCUCCGUAUUCAAAGCAAACCAUAAGCUCACAUUUUUCUCGCUGCCACAGCAGAGUGCGUCUGUAUCCAGAGGCUGCCCGCAACAGCACCGAUACACACACACAGCAGUUCAGCUGGUAGAACAGGGUGAGCAGCCUCUGCGUUUGUUGUUUGCUCCAUGUAUUCCAUGUAUGGCCUUUUCUUUCCCUUUGUCUUUUAAUUUUGUUCUAGCAUCCAGCAGUGCUCCCAAACUUUUGAAUCAGGGACCUUUAACAGUCACCUGAAGCUUUCUUCUCCAGAUAUAAUCCAAUAUAUUCCCAAAUGAUUUUUAUGUUUUAUUAUGUUUAUUAUUUACCUCUUUCAAGUCGGGUCAUUUUCACUGUUGGCGCGUCCCCUCAUUGUAUUUCCAAACCUGUUCUGAACAAGUGGUGUGUUGUCCUCUCUCUGUGUACAUGACCAACAGACCAGAGGAGCUCACAGACUUUCCGUAUGUCUCUGGUGACGCAGAUAUUUCUUCUCAUGAUAUGACCUGAUGUUGUUGCUACUGGUCUUUGAUCAUAGCCUCUUGUAAUAAUGCUACCCCUCUUUUUGUCAUAAGGAGUACUGUGAGAAUGGUGACAGAUUUUAAUACACAAUCCCAAAUAUUCCAACCCCUGCAAGGAGACUGUACUGAAUUUACGGAUUCCUGGUUGCUUGUGUACUUUUACAGCACCUGUGUAUUCAGAAAACACUAAAAAAACAAAUCCAGGAGUUGCCAGACAUAAUUUCAUUUUUUUUAAUGCAGUGAAUUGAAAGUUGGAUUCAGUAUUUGCGGUGUGAAAUUGUACAAAUGAUGCACAUUUCAAAAUGUUCAAAACCUGCAGCUACGUUUUUGCGGCAGGCAACCCACCUGUGCCUUAAAUUUGUGCUUUUUUAAGACUGGCACUGCAUUACUGGAGAAUGUACUGGAUUUCAGAAAUGUUUCAAGGGUGAGUAAGGCCUGCCAUAGAUGUAGUUUUGGUAGAGUUUGACAUCUUCAGAUUUGGUAUUUUGUAGCAGUUUCCUUUGAUAUUAAACCAAAUGCUUCUCUCUAUUUAUUAUUAUUUUUUAAAUCCGCAGUGUUGAUGUACUAUUUUAAUGUCACUAGACCUGUUACAUAUGUGUCAUAACUUUUUUUUUCCAUUGAGGAUCGACCUUACAUCCGCUUCCAAACAGUUGUGAGGAUGUGUAAAAAUGACAAAAAUAAAGUGAACACUUUCCGAAAUAAGCCAGCCGAUAGUGCAUCACUGUAAUCUAUUUUUGUACGUCUCCAGCAGAAUGGUGCACCCGCAGCGUCUCAGCCCACACUGACUGUAACAAGGCUGAAUGUAAAUGUUGGUUUGAUGUGAUGGCACUUCUCCAGCCUCGUGCUUCACCUUUAAAUGCAUCCUCACGGAUGUGUUCUUUUCCUCUGAUGUAUUUUAUGUAAACACUGUACAUUGAUAUAACUGUAAUAUGUACUAUUAUAUGCAGCUUUAUUUCCAUUGCGUUGUUUGUUUGGAGUUACCAGUAUCCCUGACCUGCUAGCCAGAGGGGGGAGGUGUACAAUACUACAGACAUUUAAGAAGAUACAAACGUUUUAAUGUAAUUUGUCAAUUGUACAAACAGCUCAAAUUAAAGGUUUAUUAGG